GAAGACUGCGGAUAUUACAACAGCGAGUGGCGAACUAAUAAACAAACCGUGAUAGCUCGUUGUUCCGCUUAUUGUUUUCGUUUUAUUUGGAUUUGUGGAAGCCUCAUCGGAUUAAUUCAUUCAUUUUCAACGUCCUGACCUUACUCUACAUGCCUGAUUAUUGAUAGCGCUAUCUGGCUCAGUAGCUAGAUUGCGUUUUCCCAGUUGCGGGCUCACACGGAGACGGAGGGUUUGAGAGAUGGCGUGCAGGAAAAGGUGAAGAUAUCACGGGUAAUUGCGACUGAUUCGAGUUUAACGUCGGAAUCGAGUGUUCCAGAAAGUCGAAACUUUUCAAGUUCGACUCGAAUAGGAACCUUGGAGCUCAUCGCGACGCGGUUGUCAUGGCUUGGGCUCUGAAGUUACCGCUUGCGGACGAGGUUAUCGAAUCAGGUCUGGUCCAGGACUUCGAUGCCAGUCUCUCCGGGAUUGGACAAGAGCUGGGAGCCGGGGCGUACAGCAUGAGCGACGUGCUGGCCCUCCCGAUUUUCAAGCAGGAAGAGUCCAACCUGCCCCCUGACAACGAGAACAAGAUUCUGCCCUUCCAGUACGUCCUGUGUGCUGCCACCUCCCCUGCCAUCAAGCUGCACGAUGAGACGCUCACCUACCUCAACCAAGGACAGUCGUAUGAAAUUCGAAUGCUGGACAAUCGGAAAAUGGGAGAGCUCCCAGAAAUUACCGGCAAGAUGGUGAAGAGCAUCAUCCGCGUGGUCUUCCACGACCGCCGCCUGCAGUACACGGAGCACCAGCAGCUGGAGGGCUGGCGCUGGAACAGGCCCGGGGACCGCAUCCUUGACCUGGAUAUCCCCAUGUCCGUCGGCAUCAUUGACCCCAGGGCCAAUCCCACGCAGCUCAACACGGUCGAGUUCCUGUGGGAUCCGUCCAAGAGGACCUCAGUCUUCAUCCAGGUGCACUGCAUCAGCACAGAGUUCACCAUGCGCAAACACGGGGGCGAGAAGGGCGUGCCCUUCCGCAUCCAGAUUGACACCUUCAAGGAGAAUGAGAGCGGGGACUACACCGAGCACCUGCACUCGGCCAGCUGCCAGGUCAAGGUCUUCAAGCCGAAAGGAGCAGACAGGAAGCAGAAGACGGACCGCGAGAAGAUGGAAAAGAGGGCGCCACAGGAGAAGGAGAAGUACCAGCCCUCCUACGAGACCACCAUCCUGACUGAGUGCUCUCCUUGGCCAGAGGCCACCUACGUCAACAACUCCCCUUCACCUGGUUUCAACAGCACCCACAACAGUUUCCCUGUGGGAGAAGGUAAUGGUUCUCCCAAUCACCAGCCAGAGCCUGUGGUGCAGGUGGCAGACUUGUCGUCCCAUCUACUUAGAAGAGACAGUGAAAGCCCUCAGAAUCUGUUGCCCACAGCAACUCCUCAGGAGGCUCAGCAGUGGCUCCAUAGAAACCGAUUCUCACCAUUUUGCAGGCUCUUCACCAACUUCUCAGGGGCAGACCUUCUGAAACUGACGCGGGAGGACGUUAUUCAGAUCUGUGGGCCAGCUGACGGGAUCCGACUCUUUAACGCUCUGAAAGGCCGGGUGGUGCGUCCGCGGCUCACUGUGUAUGUGUGCCAGGAGUCCCAGCAGGCCCGGGAGGAGCAGCAGAAACAGGAGAACGGAGACGCCGCCAGCAGCACAUUCUUCGUGUACCACGCCAUUUACCUGGAGGACCUGACGGCCGUGGAACUGACAGAGAAGAUUGCACAACUUUUCAACAUCUCGCCACGACAGAUAAGUCAGAUCUUCAAACAGGGCCCCACUGGCAUCCACGUACUGGUCAGCGAUGAGAUGAUCCAGAAUUUCCAGGAUGAGACGUGUUUUGUCCUGGACACAAUGAAAGCUGAGACUAACGAUGGCUACCACAUCAUCCUGAAGUGAGGAUGCGUCGGCCGUCGCCGAAGGGAGGAGAAAGCGAAGAGAGCUGGAUGACUGAAAAUAAAAACCCCGCCCCUCUGACCCUCGCUUCUUUAGCACUGCCACGCCCACGCCCACACCACCCCCCUCCCCCAACCUGCCUCUCCUAGCGCCACCAACCUGUGCUCCUACACUGCACUGAAGGUCAUCCGAUUGCCUUGCUAGAAUGCACUUGGAAUUCUCAAGACGAUGCCGCUGAGGCAUUAUGGGAUUGAGGAUAUACCACACCUUCUUUUUUUUUUUAUAUAUAUUGAUUUACCUUGUUGUCUUAUUCUAAGGAUGUGACUGUGUUUGUGCUGCCCAGCCCAGCCUAGCCCAGCUCAGCCCGCUUUUGUUACCUUUUUCUUUUUUUCCUUCUGUUCUUUCUCGCUCGGGUGUUCUUAAGCCAGUGUCCCACUCGCUCCCUCUCCGAUGUCCCCCAUAUCACCCGACCUGUGGUGUGCCAAAGCUAACACUCCAAACUCUGACUGUGCUGGCAGCUUUUUUUUUUAAUGUACCAGCAAACACUGUUGGCUUGCUUAUUGGGUGACGCUUGAUCCGGAUACUGACCCUCCCUGCAUCAUUAUUCGCAUUCAUUGAGCAGGAGUCUGUGGGACAUUUUUUUUUGUUUGUUCGUUUGUUUGCUUUGGACGCUUUCAUUUGGGCAAGACCAGCAGGGUGAUGAGAUCGGGUUUGGCCAUGCAUUGACACUGUGCACCUCCGAAGCCAGUGCAGCACGGACACUGAGAAGCAUGCACAAAGCGAUGCUGGAGAAGAACUCACAAAAGUGCAUGAACAGCGAUAGAAAAACUUGAUCUGAAAGGUUAUGUUCUAGAAUGAAACCACUGUGAAAGCCUAGCAUUUCUAGUUUGCAACUGUGUGUCUUGCUGUUUCUUGUGAGAGCUGUUGGUGGCGCUGUGCUAUGGGAAAAAAAAAAGAUCCUAGUUCUCUGUUUUAAGCGAGUGGAAAGAGUUAGGAGGACUGAAGGCAGUAGGCGUAAACCCUGUUUUCUUUGUCAACGUGAAUACUGACUCACUAUUGGAUGUGGAUCUUUAAAAAAGAAAAAAAAAGAAAAAAAACACUGUGAUAUGGACAUCCCUUCUGUUUUGAAUCCAAUUCUCUGGUAGAUCUGCUUGAGUGAUUGCUGUAAUCGGUUUCAGUGCCAUGGGAUGCAGUGAAGACGGAGCAGACAAACCAGGCUGAAGCCAGUUUCUCCUUGAUUUUAUUGUCUGGUCUGCCACCCCCCACCUCCCCCAAAAGAAUGCUGACCCUACUUUCCAUCAGAGAUUCUCUCUUUCUCCCUCAUGUCUCUGAUAUAAUACGGCUUUUUAAAAAUGAAGUGUCAAGAUCUUCAAAGGCGUUUGUGCAGGGGAAAAAAAUCUUUAUGUGAAAAGAUUUAAGAAAAAAGUAACCACAUUUACCCAUUUUUAUCUUUUAUUAUUUUUUUUUAUACCUGCGUUGUUCUCAUCACCUGGCGGCUCGUUGAGAAACAGGCAGGCUUGGAAAUCUUAACCCCUGAGGACUAACGCUGGGGCACAGGGUAUGAGUGUCCUGGAGAGGUGUCCCUGAUGUCACUGACCUCACAGACUGCUGGAGUCUGUGUGUGACUGUAUUUGUGACUGUAUGU